UGUGUCCGGAUUCAGGGGAAAACAAAAGCAAAAACCUAAACUAUAUUAUGCUCUGAUGACCUAGCCAUCAAUAAUCACAACUGUGUGGUCAAUAUCCACAGGUAGCUUCAUGAAAGAAAGUAUUUGGCUAUAUGAUCAAGUACAAAAAUGUAUUUUCCUGUUGGGUGCCAAUGACUCACAUUUGUAACUCUAGGUACUCAGGAAGAUGAGGUCAGAAGAUCCAGUUCAAAGUCAGCCUGAGGAAACAAAUCCUAGAGACUUUUAUACCUAACCAGCAAAAGUCAGAAGCAGAGGUGUGGCUCAAAUGGUAGAGAGCACCAGCCUUGAGCAGAAAAAACUAAGAGAGAUCUUGAGGCCCUGAGUUCAAACAUUCCCCCUUUCCCUGUAUUGGCCUAAAAAAGUAUUUUCCUGACUUUAGUUGGUAUCUUUUUCUUUUUUUUUCUUUUUUUGUUUUCUGUUCUUUUCUUUUCCUUUUGUCUUUUGUUCCCCUGACUCGAACUUGCUAUCUGAUGCUUUAUACUCAUUGGCUGGUGCCUUACCACCUGAGCCAUGCCUCCAGCCCCUCCUUUCCUUUUCUCUUUUCUUUUCUUUUUCUUUCACUUUUACAGUGCUGGGCAGGGAACUCAGAGCCUUAUCUAUGGUAGGCAAGCACUAUCACUGAACUACAUUCCUUUUCCUUCUGUAUCAGUUUUGUCAUGAUGAGUCUUGAACACUGAAAGUGUCAUCUAAGCAUAUAAGGUAAAGGAAUAAUAAUAGUCUCUUCACUUAGACAAAAAAAAAAUCUCCAAAGACAGGGUAGUCACCCACAGUUUAAGAAUGCCGUUGAGGAAAAGGAAAAAGGCUACAGUCCUAAUAGUUGUAAAAUGACUAGUGAACUAACUCCUCCCACUAAAGACCUUCAGGUAUAUAAAAUGACAUGCAAGAAGACCUAAAACAUCAUUGUCGACCUUAGAUGUUGUGGAAUUUUUAGCUCAGAAAAAAAUGAGCAUAAAGGCUGACAUAACUCCAAAGUAUUUGUGGCUUGUAUUCCUUGUGGGUCUGUUCAUUAGCCCCAUUCUAUCUCAAUGUGUUCUCUUGAGUAGAAUGCACCUGGAGAAUCUGAAACUUAUGAUUAUUAGCGACUCACUCCUGAUAGCAUGUCUAAGAGAAAUCCGUGCUUUUGACUUGCCCACAGGAAAUGGAUCAGAUGCUCACCCUACAAAAAGUGACAUCAAGGAAGCUUUGUAUGAAAUAACCACACAGGUCUUGAGUAUCUUCAGUCAAUACAAUUCCAACUCCACUUGGGAAAAGAAACACCUGACAGAAAUCAAAAUGAGACUUUCAGAGCAAAUAAUGUACCUAGAACAAUGUAUACGGGAAGAGAAGGAAAAAAACAACCACAUGAAAGAAAUGGAAGAGGACAAGAUGGAACACUCAGGAGAGAAGGUGCUCCAACCGGUUACCCUGGAAUGGAGAAGUUAUUUCAACAGAAUCCAAAAGUAUCUGAAAGAUAAGAAAUACAGUUCUUGUGCCUGGAGGAUUGUCCAAGUGGAAAUCAGAAGAUGUUUCUCCUUUUUUCUCACCAAACUGCUCUUGAAGAAAUAAGAAUCAUCUGUUUUCAAGACUGUGGCUACCCAAAUUUUGAAAAGAGGGCAAAAUGUACCUGAUUCAGCCCUUGGAAACUCUCCUGUAAAGACUAUUACUGAUAUACUGUUGAAUUGUUCAGAUUUAAGAUUGUUUUGAGUUCAGAACUCAAAGGGAUAUAGCCAAAAAAAAGCAAGCCCUAGGAUAAAAGUAAGGCAAUCUUCAGUCAAGAAGGUUAGAAGAAUUGUUUAAAAUAAUAAGUUAUGGAUCACAGAAUAUGCGUUAUUAGCAGAUGAUCAAAUAAUAAAAUAACCCAGUGUGACCUAUCCAGCAUAAACAAAAAUAGAGUUGUUUCAAAUUGUUUCACAACCAGAUGGUAGGGCCUACAAGCCAUAAAGUAAAGGAGUACAGGUAUACACGCUACUAAGCAGAAAGUAUACACUCAUUAUUUAAUGCCUUUGCUUGAUAUCCCUAAUAACCAUCCUGGAAUGAUGGCAGUUACUUUAGCAAUUUAUGGGUUACAAUCCCACCAAAUGUCUGUUAUAUUCAAAGGAAGAGAAUUUCUGAAGAGGAGAUGGGGAUGUAUGUAGUUCAGUGACAGAGUGCUUGCCUAAUAUGUGUUAAGACCCUGAGUUCAGUCCUACCACCACAAGGUGGAAAAAAAAAAAACCAAGAAGAAAAAGUAG